AUGGCGAACAAAGAGAACAUGGUAAGUACGUUGUUUCCGGCGUCAAUAAAGUACCUAAAAUAAGGAGAAUUUAAAGGGGAUUCGUCUUUUAUUCCAAUGCGUUCAAAUUUAAAGGAAAGUCCUCUACCGUAUAAACUGUGUACAAAAUUUACCUCAAUACUAGUCGCGGAAAAAAGUCCUUAGAAUUUUUCGCGGCCCCCAAAUCUCGUCGCACCCCGAAAUGUUGAUUUGUCGCGGGAAUCGCGCGCGACAAUAAGGCAAAAACAAGAAAAUUGCACAGUGCAAAAGCACUUUUCGGGUUCAUGCACAGUGCAGAGUCGCAGAAAAUUCUAUCAGUCUGUCGGAAAAAUAACGGCGGAUCGCCGCAGCAAAAUGUCUCGCCUCGCCGCUAUCGCGCACCAAAUCCCAAGUCGCGGCUUGCAGUCGCAAAGCGAUGAUGGGCGAUUCGGAGGCGCGACGAUCCGCCGUUUUUUUCCCGACAGACCGAUAAGGACUUUUUUCCGCGACUAGUACUUUGUAAACCUUUUUUCGUAUAUUAUAUACUAGACCCCAUUCGCGAGGCGUUUGUUUGGCGGGAAGAAAACGAGCGGGACGUUUAUGAAUUUCGGAAAUACGCUGAAACUCAUUCGUCCAUCUCGAAUAAUUUAGGUAGAAAUCCCGAAAUUGAAGUCGAAGAACCGAUUACUGCCUAAUUUUGUCAUUACGACACAUUUUUUGGAAUAGGACGAAAAAUUGUUUUACAAAUUUCUGAAAAUUUGUGGUAGCAAAUUUGGUGUUCAAAUUGCGUCACUAUCAAUAAUGCCGUCUAACUUCAUUGAUGAGGUAGAUAUCUAAGAUUUGUUUGUUUCGACGUCAUGGUUAAUACAAAUUGUUUGCAUUUCUUGUUUAGAACCAUUUGGAUGCCGAUGAGCCCCUGCUCUACGACGAUCCAGGUCGAUUCACCUUGUUUCCUCUGAAGUACCACGACAUUUUUGGCUACUACAAGAAGGCCGUUAACUGUUUCUGGGUACCUGAAGAAGUAAAACUCGAAGAUGACCUGGAUGAUUGGCACAAGCUGAAGGAGGAAGAAAGAUUCUUCAUCUCUCGCGUUCUGGCCUUUUUUGCGGCUUCGGAUGGAAUCGUUAACGAGAAUCUGAUCGAGCGUUUCAAUGCCGAAGUGAAACUUCCUGAGGCUAGGUGUUUCUAUGGAUUCCAAAUUAUGAUGGAGAACAUUCACUCGGAGAUGUACUCUAUUCUGAUUGAUACAUAUAUCAGUGAUGUAGCUGAAAAGUAAGGUUUGAUUUUAUUUUUUUGUUAUUACGUAUAUCUUUAGGCACAAGAUGUUCAAUGCCAUCCAGGAAUUCGAGUUCAUCAAGAAGAAGGCCGAUUGGGCUAUGAAGUGGAUCUCUGAUGAGAGAUCUUCUUUCGGAACAAGACUGGUCGCUUUUGCUGCUGUGGAGGGCAUAUUCUUCUCGGGCAGUUUUGCUUCCAUCUUUUGGUUGAAGUCUCGUGGUUUAAUGCCUGGACUGGCUCAGAGCAAUGAGUUGAUCUCUAGGGAUGAGGCAAGAUACUUUGCACAAUACGGGUUAUUGUUGCAGCAAUUGACAAUGGUUUAAUAUUACUGUUUCAGGGUCUUCAUCGUGACUUUGCUUGCAUUCUCUUCAAGCACUUGAAGCAUCGUCCAACCCAAGCUGAAGUGCACGCGAUCAUCAGGGAGGCUGUUGAGAUCGAAAAGGAAUUCUUGGUGGAUGCCCUUCCUUGUAAGAUGAUUGGAAUGAAUUCUGAUAGGAUGUGCCAAUACAUUGAAUACGUAGCUGACCAUCUCCUGGAAGAACUCGACCUCCCUAUCAUUUACAAAUCCUCCAAUCCUUUCCCAUUUAUGUCCAACAUCUCUUUGGAAGGAAAGACCAACUUCUUCGAAAGAAGAGUCACCGAAUACAAGAAGGUUGACACUCAGAGCAAGGAUGAAGUCCAUGACUUCUCUAUGACUGCAGACAUUUAA